AUGUUAGUUGAUAUUAUUACAGCAAGCCAUCAGAGAUUUAUUAUCAUUGAUAAGUCCAGUAGCAAUCAAUCUCAAUUAGUUGUCUACAUUGACGGCUGCGCGCUAAAUAACGGUCGGCACGAUGCUCGAGCUGGCAUAGGCGUCUUUUGGGGCGAAAACGAUCCAAGGAAUCUAAGUGAACCGCUAGAAGGUUUCAGACAAACAAAUCAGAGAGCGGAGAUUAUGGCGGCAAUACGUGCUCUAGAAACAUGUGUCGACACAAAAUCGCCGUUGUUGUUUUAUACUGAUAGCAAUUAUUUACACAAAGCGUACCAAGAAUGGAUACCAAAGUGGGAAGCGAGCGGUAAAUGGAGGACUGCUAACAAUAAGCCAGUCGCGAACGAGGAUCUGUUUCGGCGAUUGAUGACGUUGAUAAAGGCAAGAGAAGGGAAAGUUGAUACAAACUUUAUAAAACUGUUUAUGUAUUUUAUCGCACUAAAACCAUCUCGUUCGAAGAGAUGGGUAAAGGCACAUCACACAUCUAGAGGCAAUAAUGCCGCAGACAGGUUAGCCAAUUUAGGAGCAUUGAAACCAAGGAAGUCUCCUGCCGCUCUGGCUACAGCCAAGUUAGAUAAAGACAUAAGUAUGCUUUUGAGAACGCCAAAGGACAAUCCGCCGACAAUAGAAGUGGAAGCUGAAGCAAGGCGAACGCCAAUGGUGUCUAUGUCAUAUCGCUCUCCAUUAACAAUGAAUACCAACGACUAUUCAUCAUCAAGUUCCUCAAGUUUUCAAUCAUAUACAUCACCCUAUUCUUUACUGACAUCGGACGAUAAUCUAUCACCACUCAAGGACAGCAAUUGUACAAAAAUGACGGCUGACAAUCCGGAGAGUCCGAACGAUUUUGUAAUUACGGACGAUGAUUUCUUUUCAAUGGAAGAGUUAAUAGCUAUUGAAAUGGAGAUAAAAAAUAUUGCAAAAGCGAAUAAUGGAAAGAGAUCCGUUUAA